AUGGCCGAAAAACAACACCAGCAGUCCCAGCAUACCGGGCUCGAUGUCGACCACGAGGCUCACUACAGUGAGACAGCAGCUCCCUUGAGUUCGCUCUCGACAGGGCAAGUACAAGACCUCUCGUCGACCGUCGACAAGGUCCCCGUCUGGUACGGCCUGUCCCAGGUCCGUUGCUACGCUCGCUUCAACGCCUUGAGCAGCUUCAAGAGGCUCAUGUACGCCUUGAUCCCCAGCUUCAUCACCACCUCGUCGGCCACCACACCGUCAAAGUCUGGUAUCUCGGCACUCGAUGGCCUGCGAGGCAUUGCAUGCUUGUUUGUGUUCGGAGAGCACUAUGUCAUCUGCUACCAGUCUCGCGACACCCAGGUGUGGAUCAUGAGAGUACCAUUCAUCCGACUGAUCUACUACGGCAAGGCGGCCGUGUUUCUCUUCUUCGUCAUCUCAGGCUACGUCCUCAGCGUCAAGCCGUUGAAGCUCAUCCGGUCAAAAUCAUACCUCGAGUUCCAGAAAACCAUCUCGUCCAGCUUCCUCCGCCGCGCCAUCCGUUUGUACCUCCCGUGUCUGAUCGCGAGCUUCAUCGCCUGCAAUCUGACCAGCUUGGGCUUCUUCGACGACGCAUCCAUUGUCUACAAGCAGCUCUCGGACUUCAUCUUCCUGAAAGAACGUCCACCGCCACAUGUCACCCUCGCGUCACAGUGGAGAGGGUAUCUCUCUAACGCCGAGUUCAUCUUCAGCGGCACGAUCCCUUACGACAAGGACACCAACGUGCUCAACUACCUCUCAUACGACGACCACCAGUGGACGAUCCCCAAGGAGUUCCAGAGCAGCAUGGCCGUCUUCGCGUUGUUGGUGACCACAUCCCGCGUGCGCACCUUCUUCCGCAUGGUCAUCAUCUUCUCGCUGGCCGUGUACGCCGGGUGGACGUUUCGUUUGUACACGGCCUUGUUCUUCGCAGGUAUGCUUUGCGCCGAGACAGACCUCAUCCGCGCAGCGUACUACGCAGACCACGCGCACCACGGUGGCAGCAGGUCUGGUCUGCACAGGCUCAUGCACCUCCCGAAUGCAUGGUACAAGUGCAUGUGGGUUUCCUUCUUCACCGUCGGCGUUUGGAUGAUCUCUUCACCGCAAGAGAUUCAACAAACGCCCAACUACCUGCCGUCCCUCCUCGCCCACUGGGGUGUAUGGUAUGUUGACGACAAACUCCUCACGUUCGGUUCGAUUCUCGUCGUUUGGAGUGUGGCCACCUGCCCUUCCCUAGGCCCUCUGUUCAACAACCCCUUUGUCGCGUAUCUCGGCAAGAUCUCGUACGCGCUGUACCUCGUCCACGGCACCGUGAUCAAGUCGCUCGGAUACACCAUUUUGCCUCGCACGUUGCGUCUCGCCACCGGGGCCGCAGCCGACGUCGAACUGAACGCCGAGUGGUGGGCCACGGUGUCGGACUCGAGCAAGGUCACCGCGUACCUUUUGGGCCUGAGCUGCGUCGGCACGGUGUGUUUCUGGAUGUCUGACUUGUUCUGGCGCUUCGUGGACAUCCCGUGUGUGAACUUCGCCCGUGCCGUCGAGAACUGCUUGACGCGCGGCGCCGACUCGAACGAGGUGCCGUUGUUGCCCAGGUCGAAUCCAAGGACGCUAUCUACGAGUGGCGGACAGUGUGCGGGGCGUACCAAUGUAUCGCGGGAAAGGGGCUCGUCGACGGCCGAUUUACACAGUCCCAACGCCGUGUCUCCUACGACGGGCAAUGCCAUGGCGACGAUGGGUGUGCAGAAUCCAAAGAGAAAGAACGGUUGA